UCGAAACUGGUAAGUGAAAAAACACUAAGCAAAAACAUGGGUUCUGAAGGCCAGCCAAAGCUCCCUGUCUUAGAUUUCUCUAAGGAAGCUCUGAAGCCUGGCACCAACUCAUGGCUGUUGGCAUGCAAAGAUGUUCGACAAGCACUUGAAGAAUUUGGCUGUUUCGUAGUAUUGUAUGACAAAAUCUCUCCAGAAUUUCGAAAUGCGUUUUUGGUUGCUCUACAAGAAUUAUUUGAUCUCCCUACUCAGACCAAAAUGACAAACAAAUAUGAAAAGCCCUUAAAUGGGUAUGUUGGACAAAUUCCCAAGCUUCCUCUCCAUGAAAGCUUGGGCAUUGACAAUGCAACAAAGUUGGUAGAGACUCAAAAGUUCACAAAGCUCAUGUGGCCUGGUGGAAAUGAUAAGUUCUGUGAAAGUGCAUAUUCGUUUGCAAAAGUGGCAGAGGAGUUGGACCAAAUGGUGACUAGAAUGAUAUUUGAGAGCUAUGGGGUGGAGAAGUACUAUGAAUCUUAUGUUGGGUCCAUCUCCUAUCUUCUUCGACUCUUGAAAAAUAGAUCACCCCAAGAAAAUGAGCCUAGCCUUGGCUUCGUGGCUCAUACUGACAAGAGCUUCACAACUAUACUUUAUCAGAACCAUGUAAAUGCUCUGGAGGUUGAAACAAGAAGCCAUGAAUGGAUUAGGGUUGAGUUUCCACCUUCAUCCUUCAUAGUCAUGGCCGGUGAUGCACUAAUGGCAUGGAGCAAUGACAGAAUAUUAUCUCCCAACCAUCGAGUUAUUAUGAGUGGGAAUGAAACAAGAUACUCCCUGGCACAAUUUUCAUUUAGCGACGGAGCGAUACAUGUGCCCGAAGAGCUUGCCGAUGAAGAACACCCCUUACGCUACAAGUCGUUCGAUCAUCCUGGACUGCUACGUUUCUUUCGCAGUGAUGAUCGUUUUAACUCAAACAGUGCUAUAAAAGCCUACUGUGGUGUUUGAAAUGAACCAUGUAGCUGUAGCUAAUAAGACUGUUUGCUAGGCAUGUGUGUGCUGUGUGUUAAUUUCGAGGCUUGGUUUGUGGGUUGUUUAAUUGUACUACAGUCAUUUCUGUAAUGCUCUGUUUCUGCUAUGUUACCUUGUGGUUUACUGAUCAUGUGAAAAUAAAAAUUAUAAAUAGAUUGUAUCU